AUGGCUGGAGGGGUGCGGGACACGGUGUCCCGGUCACGGCUGCGUCAGCCCCACGUGCCCAGGCAGCAAGGUGUCAGCAGGAGCCAGCCGCCCACGCAGGGCUGCUCAUGGCCGGGCACCCCAGCAGCACCCUCGCACCCUGACCUGGGACACCGAGCCACGGUGGCCCGGGCUGCGGCGCUGACCCCCGCCGGGCCCCCCCCGGGCCAGCUGGUCGCCCCCCUGAGUGGGAAUAACGCGGGGCUGCGCCGGGCAGAGAUCAAGCCGGGUGUGCGGGAGAUCCACCUCGGCAAGGACGAGCGGGGCAAGACGGGGCUGCAGCUGAAAAACGUCGACCAGGGCAUCUUUGUGCAGCUGGUGAAGGCCAACUCGCCGGCGGCGCUGGUCGGGCUGCGCUUCGGUGACCAGAUCCUGCAGAUCAACGGCAAGAACUGCGCGGGCUGGAGCAGCGACAAGGCGCAGCGGGCGCUGAAGAAGGCGUCCCCCGAGAAAAUCGUCAUGGUGGUGCGGGACAGGUGA